GUCAAACUUGUCUGAAAUCAGUAGAAAGAAAUGAAAAAGAGAAGCAAAGAGACACGUGAAUGACUGUAUUUUCUCACUUCUUUAAAGAAUAUGAGGUUGGGAGUAAUCCCAAUUCAUCAGCGAAUCUGAUUCCGUCACUUUGUUGUUGCCUCUUUCUUCUCCUUCUUCAAUUCUUCUCUCUCUCUGUGGAUAUUCAUAUUUUGUUAUAGUUUGCCUUUCAUAGUCAUAAGCAAAAAAAAAAAAAAAAAAAGAUCAAAGGUAUAACUCACUAGUUCAUCCGUUCGAUUCAAUUAACUUGUGGGUUUUCUUUGAUCACAAUCAUCGUCAGAUUGAUGGGUAAAUAUUAAUUUCCAGAAAGUCAACAUCUUUCUUUGUUUUAUCUUCUGUCUUUGUAGUAGAGAUGAAGCUACUUUGGUCUUUCUUGUUAUUGUCUUGUCUUUGUCUUGGAUUUUUGGGAAAUGGACAUUCUGAGAAACCAGAACAUGUCAAAAUCGGUUCAAUAUUCAGUUUCGACUCAGUGAUUGGCAAAGUUGCCAAGAUUGCGAUUGAGGAGGCAGUGAAAGAUGUGAAUUCAAACCCGGACAUCCUCGUAGGGACACGUCUUCAAGUUUCAAUGCAGAACUCAAACUGCAGCGGUUUUAUGGGCAUGGUUGAAGCAUUGAGGUUUAUGGAGAAAGACAUAGUUGGAAUCAUAGGACCACAAUGUUCUGUAGUUGCUCACAUGAUAUCUCACAUGGCGAACGAGCUACGCGUGCCUCUUCUCUCAUUUGCUGUUACAGAUCCUGUAAUGUCGCCACUCCAGUUCCCUUAUUUCAUUAGGACGAGUCAGAGCGAUUUGUACCAAAUGGAAGCUAUUGCUUCGAUUGUAGACUUCUACGGUUGGAAAGAAGUAAUUGCUGUGUUUGUGGAUGAUGAUUACGGAAGGAAUGGUGUUGCUGCACUUAACGAUAAGCUUGCGAGCAGGAGGUUGAGAAUCACUUACAAGGCGGGUUUACAUCCGGACACUGCGGUGAAUAAGAAUGAGAUCAUGAACAUUCUCAUCAAGAUCAUGUUGCUUCAGCCAAGGAUCAUUGUGAUUCAUGUCUACUCGGAGUUGGGUUUCGCGGUUUUCAAGGAGGCUAAGUAUCUUGGAAUGAUGGGUAAUGGGUACGUUUGGAUCGCUACGGAUUGGCUGUCUACUACUCUUGAUUCUUCGUCUCCGCUUCCCUCUGAGAGACUUGAGAGUAUUCAAGGUGCUCUUGUUCUGCGUCCGCACACACCUGAUUCCAAUUUAAAACGGGAGUUUUUCUUGAGGUGGCGUAAGAUUCCUGAUGCUCCUCUGGCUCUUCACACCUAUGGUCUCUAUGCCUAUGAUUCAGUUAUGCUCUUAGCUCGUGCUUUGGAUAAGUACUUCAAGCACGGUGGGAAAAUAUCGUUUUCUAAUGACUCAAUGCUUGAUGCUUUGGGAAAAAGCGGGAGUCUCAAUUUAGAGGCGAUGACCGUCUUUGAUGGUGGAGAGACUCUGCUUAAGGAUAUCCUGGGAACACAUAUGGUUGGUUUGACAGGACAGCUUCAAUUCACUACGGAUAGGUCUAGGAUUCGACCAGCUUAUGAUAUUAUCAAUGUAGCAGGAACCGGUGUUCGCCAAAUAGGCUACUGGUCGAAUCAUUCUGGUUUAUCAGUUGUGCCACCUGAGUCACACUACACAAUUACGCAACCAAAUAUGUCAGCAAGACCGAAACUAAGACAUGUGAUUUGGCCUGGAGAAGCGUUUCAAAAGCCACGCGGAUGGGCUUUUUCAAACAAUGGGAAAGAGCUUAAGAUCGGUGUGCCUCGUCGCGUAAGUUACAAGGAGUUUGUCUCGCAGAUUCGUGGAACGGAGAAUAUGUUCAAAGGAUUCUGCAUUGAUGUCUUCACAGCUGCAGUGAAUCUCUUACCAUACGCAGUCCCUGUCAAAUUUGUUCCUUAUGGAAACGGAAAGGAAAAUCCAAGCUACACUCAUAUGGUUGAGAUGAUAACAAGUGGUAAUUUUGAUGGGGUAGUGGGUGAUGUUGCCAUCGUAACAAACCGGACUAAGAUUGUAGACUUUACACAACCGUAUGCAGCAUCUGGAUUAGUUGUUGUUGCUCCCUUUAAGAAACUGAAUUCAGGAGCGUGGGCUUUCCUCCGACCUUUCAAUCGACUUAUGUGGGCAGUCACGGCUUGUUGCUUUCUCUUUGUCGGCAUUGUUGUUUGGAUCUUGGAGCAUAGGAUUAACGACGAAUUCAGAGGCCCGCCAAAGAGGCAAUGCGUCACAAUUCUCUGGUUUAGCUUCUCGACCAUGUUUUUCGCCCAUAGAGAGAAUACAGUCAGUACACUUGGGCGGUUGGUACUGAUCAUAUGGCUAUUUGUUGUACUAAUAAUCAACUCAAGCUACACGGCUAGUCUCACAUCAAUUCUGACGGUUCAGCAGCUCUCGUCACCAAUCAAGGGAAUUGACAGCCUUAGAGAAAUGGAUGAUAGGAUUGGAUACCAGGUGGGUUCGUUUGCAGAACAUUAUCUGAGGGAUGAGCUUAACAUAUCAGAGUCAAGGCUCGUCCCCCUUGGUUCACCUGAAGCGUAUGCCAAAGCUUUAAAAGAUGGACCAAGAAAAGGAGGCGUUGCUGCAAUUGUGGACGAGCGCCCUUAUGUUGAACUCUUCCUUUCCAGCAAUUGCGCUUAUAGAAUUGUUGGUCAGGAGUUCACCAAAAGUGGCUGGGGAUUCGCAUUUCCUAGAGACUCUCCUCUAGCAAUAGAUCUGUCAACAGCGAUCUUGGAGUUGGCAGAGAACGGGGAUCUGCAGAGGAUCCAUGAUAAGUGGCUGAUGAAGAACGCAUGCACUCUAGAGAACGCAGAACUUGAAUCAGACAGGCUUCAUCUGAAAAGCUUCUGGGGACUGUUUCUCAUAUGUGGAGUUGCAUGUGUCCUCGCUCUCUUUCUCUACUUUAUUCAGAUCCUCCGUCAGUUCUAUAAUGGGAAGCCAAGAGAGGAAGACGAAGAUGCUAUUGGGAGAGAGAAUCAUGACUCCUCGUCCUUGCGGUCUACUCGUCUUCAGAGAUUCUUGUCGCUCAUGGAUGAGAAAGAAGACGUGUCCAAGGCGGGAAGCAAGAAGAGAAAGAUUGAUGGAUCAAUGAAUGAUACUUCAGGAUCGAGACAUUCACGACGAUUUGACAGAGAAAGAAGCUUCAAUUCGGUUAAUCCAUUAGAUUGAAAAUUUAGUUUCAGAUAUUCUUCAAGGCAUCAAAAACCGUUUAUAUUUUCAAAAGUGAAUCCAAGUUCUGUAUUCCCUGAUUCUGUAAUCUUUUAAUCUUAGGAGGAGGAGUUCUUCAAAACAAGUGCUGUGACUUUGUUUAUGGAGAGCGCAUUUAACGCAGUAUUAAAUUUUUU